CACCUGCUGAGCGCCGUGGAGAGCGAGCUGCGGGCGGGCAGCGAGAAGGGCGACCCCACGGAGCGCGAGCUGCGCGUGGGGCUGGAGGACGGCGAGCUGUGGCUGCGCUUCAAGGAGCUCACCAACGAGAUGAUCGUCACCAAGAACGGCAGGAGGAUGUUCCCGGUGCUGAAGGUUAACGUGUCGGGCCUGGACCCCAACGCCAUGUACUCCUUCCUGCUGGACUUCGUGGCGGCCGACAACCACCGCUGGAAGUACGUUAACGGGGAGUGGGUUCCCGGGGGCAAGCCCGAGCCGCAGGCGCCCAGCUGCGUGUACAUCCACCCCGACUCGCCCAACUUCGGGGCCCACUGGAUGAAGGCGCCCGUAUCCUUCAGCAAAGUCAAGCUCACCAACAAGCUCAACGGAGGAGGCCAGAUCAUGUUGAACUCCUUGCAUAAGUACGAGCCCCGGAUCCACAUCGUGAGAGUGGGGGGUCCCCAGCGCAUGAUCACCAGCCACUGCUUUCCUGAGACCCAGUUCAUAGCUGUGACGGCCUAUCAGAACGAGGAGAUCACAGCUCUUAAAAUCAAAUACAACCCAUUUGCAAAAGCAUUCCUUGAUGCAAAGGAAAGAAGCGAUCACAAAGACAUGAUGGAAGAAGCAGGUGAUGGCCAGCAGCCCGGGUACUCCCAAUGGGGGUGGCUCAUUCCUGGAACCAGCUCCCUGUGUCCACCUGCCAACCCCCACCCUCAGUUUGGAGGUGCCCUCUCCCUCCCCUCCACACACGGCUGUGACAGGUACCCGGCCCUGAGGAGCCACCGGUCCUCGCCCUACCCCAGCCCCUACGUUCAUCGGAACAAUUCUCCAACCUACUCCGACAAUUCGUCUGCCUGUCUGUCUAUGCUGCAACCCCCUGACAACUGGUCCAGCCUGGGGAUGCCCACCCACACCAGCAUGGUCCCCAUGGGUCACAGCACCAGCCCUGCUGCCAGCUCCAGUCAGUACCCUAGCCUGUGGUCUGUGAGCAAUGGCGCCAUCACUCCAGGCUCUCAGGCCGCAGGGGCGUCGAACGGGCUGGCGGCCCCGUUCUUCCGAGGCACACCCUACGCCCCCCUCAGCCACGCAGCCACGGCCUCAGCCUCUGCCUCCGGAUCGCCGCUGUAUGAAGGGGCUGCUGCGGCCACAGACAUUCCCGACAGCCAGUACGACGCUGCGGCCCAAGGCCGUCUCCUGGCCUCAUGGACACCUGUGUCACCACCUUCCAUGUGA